AACAAGGCAAAUAAUAAAAAAGCAACAAGGUCAGAGCGACGGCCAUGGCGUCCCGAAGAGUGACGAGCCUUCUCAGAACCCUAGAUUCCCUCCGUGGCCCUGGAAACAUUAGGGCUUUCAAUUCUCUCGUCAGCAGCCACACCGCCAAAUGGAUGCAGGACACGAGUAAGAAGUCUCCAAUGGAGUUGAUCAAUGAAGUUCCACCAAUAAAAGUUGAAGGGCGGAUUGUGUCUUGUGAAGGAGACAUUAAUCCUGCCUUGGGCCAUCCGAUUGAGUUCAUAUGCCUUGAUUUGAAGGACCCUGCUAUCUGCAAAUACUGUGGGCUUCGUUAUGUCCAGCAUGACCAUCAUCACUAAGAAUGAGAAUUGUUAUGUUUCAUGCGUGUGUUUAAGUUUGUAUUCCUGCAGCCAUCAGGAUGAAAACUGUGCAACUUUGUUGUGGUUAUGUAAACUCCUCUCAUUUGAUGUAUUGAUAGUAUGUUUCAUGAAUAACUAAUAAUAACAGAAAAAUUGUUGAUCAAAA